AGAAAAUAGUCCAAAAAGAGACCCUCUUAAAUGAGCCAGUAACUUUAAAUGGACCGCAUAUUAAAUGAUCAGUGUUCCUUGCUUCUGUCCUUCACCUAAUCCGUCCUAGAUACACAUACAGCACCGCACACGCACACGCACACAUCAGUACACUCGAGAGGGCGGCACCUUUGCCCUAAUUCUUCUAUACCUAUUAUCUAUAUUUAUUUGACUAUUACCCACAGCACUGGAACGAGCAAAUCUAAGUCAAGGGGAGAUACGCCCUUAUAUCCCUAUCUCUCCAUCUACAUAAUUUACACUUUGCAACCAAAACUGCUCCAUUCCAAGACAUGACGCCAGAAACAAGCAGGGCCGAUGGUGGCUUGCCCAAUCUGAAUCAUAUCCAUGAUUCCCUCAUUGAGAUAGCAUACAAAGCCGGAGAGAUCAUCAUGGGUGCUCUGCCCACUACGGAUGGUGUCGGAUCGAAGAAGAAUAGUGCGGAUCUUGUCACCCAAUAUGACCGUGCAGUUGAAGAAAUGAUAUCUACAGCGCUGAAGGACAAAUACCCAGAUUACCAGUUCCAUGGGGAAGAAACAUAUGACCCAGGUCAUUCCUUGACUACUGCUCCCACUUUUGUGAUUGAUCCCAUCGAUGGGACAAUUAAUUUCGUGCAUGGCUUCCCUCAUGCUUGUGUGUCUCUCGGGUUUGUCAUUGACCGGGUUCCCGUGGUUGGUAUCGUAUACAAUCCAUUCGAUAACACCCUUUAUUCUGCCAUUCGUGGCCAAGGGGCGUUUCUGAACCGCAGUGUCAAACUUCCACUCAAGGGAAUAGACCUUGAGCCACUGCAAGGCCUGGAAAACUCUCUCAUCGGUGUUGAAUGGGGUUCCGAUAGAAAGGGGAAGAAUUGGGAAACAAAGGUGCGAACCAUGGAGAAGCUCGGCCAAACUAAAGAUGAGGGCGGUGCAAUGGUUCGUUCGAUGCGUAGCAUGGGUUCGGCCGCACUCAACCUCUGUGCGGUGGCCGCUGGCACUCUUGACUUGUACUGGGAAGGCGGCUGUUGGGCGUGGGAUGUGUGCGCUGGCUGGGUUAUCCUCACUGAGGCCGGUGGUAUCAUGGUUGACGGUAAUCCCGGCGGGUGGCAGGCCGUCAUAGACGGAAGGGUCUACCUCGCUGUCAGAGCUUCUCCAAGCCAGAUUGGUCAAAGGGAGCUUGUUGAGGAAUUCUGGGGAAAUAUUCAAGGGAGGCUUGAGUAUUGACGUAUCCGGCGUACUGGCACAAGCCUACUAUCAAUACGGCUGGUCAAAGAUCAGGUCUUCACGUUUCAAAAAGAAAAGGUCAGGAAGAGAGCAGGAGAGGUGUGAGGGAGAAAGGUGAAGGUUCCCAGGCUGUGGGUUGAAAAACC